UUCAUUGUCCAGUGAACCAUUUCUGCUUGGGCGUGGCGUCUAAUCAAUGUCUACUGACGUCCGCGUACCUGUUCAAGAUGUUCGACGAGAACGUGCCUCAGGGCCUAAGCGAAAACGUUCCCCAGCUGGCUCUCGAUCGCCUCAAAGGUCUAUGAGUCCUCCACGGAAUAGGAGAAGACCCCCAUUCCCGCAUCGUGGACGCCCCCCUCUCCCUUCCCCUGAACUACCCCAAGUUAACGACGUUGACCCAGUACGCAGACGAGAACGAGAGCGUCAGCUUGCUCUUAAACUCGCUGAGGACACCCUUGAGGGGCGAACGGAUGAGAAAGAAAAGCCUGAAUUUGACGCCAAGGCAGAAUUUGCAAAGCUUGUAUCAACAAAGUCGGGAGGUGUGUAUAUGCCCCCGGCCCGUUUGCGAGCUCUUCAGGCAAAGGCCGCGGAGGAUAAGUCCAGUCCUGAAUACCAACGCCUCUUAUGGGAUGCUCUACGAAAAAGUUUGACGGGUAUUGUCAACAGGGUUGACAUUACCAAUAUCAAAAAUGUCAUUCCCGAAUUGUUCAAUGAAAACCUUAUACUGGGACGCGGGCUUUUCGCAAGAUCUUUGAUGAAAGCCCAAGCUGCAUCACUUCCUUAUACUCCAGUCUUUGCUGCCGUUGUGGCCAUUGUCAACGCUAAGCUCCCCCAAGUUGGUGAACUCAUUGUUCAUCGUGUGCUCAGCCAGUAUAGGAGAGCUUUCAAACGGAUGGACAAGACCGUUUGUGUUGCUACUGCUACAUUCAUCGCGCACCUCGUUAACCAAGCUGUCAUACCGGAAAUUGUGGCUUUAGAGAUUGUUUCUCACCUCCUAGAGGAGCCUACCGACGACGGUGUGGAGAUUGCUGUUGGGUUUAUGCGAGAAGUUGGAGCUUUUCUCCUGGAGAAUUCACCAAGGUCGAAUGAUAGUGUCUUUGCUCGUUUCCGCGCCAUUCUUCAAGAGGACAAGAAAAUCUCUAAGCGUGUACUAUACAUGAUUGAAGUGCUCUUCCAGGUCCUGAGGGAUAAGUAUAAGGAUAACCCGAUAUUUCCUGAAGGACUGGACUUGGUUCAGGAAGAAGAUCAAAUCACCCACCAGAUAUCUCUCAAUGAUGAUUUGCAGGUACAAGAAUCCCUUAACAUUUUCAAAUUCGAUCCCAACUUCCUCGAAAAUGAGGAACGGUACAAGCAAAUGAAAAAUGAAAUUUUGGGGUCCGACGGUGAGAGUGGAGAGAGCGGCAGUGAAAGUGAUGACGAGGACGAGUCAGAUGAAGAAGCUGCUCCAGACAAAGAAGGGAUAGAGGACAAGACGGGCACCAACUUAGUCAACCUCCGAAGGGUCAUAUACUUGACUAUCAUGAACUCGUUGAACUAUGAGGAAGCUGUGCACAAGCUUAUGAAAGUGGACUUGCAGGAAGGGCAAGAGAUCGAGUUGUGUAACAUGAUCAUCGAAUGCUGCUCGCAAGAAAGGACCUAUUCCAAGUUCUAUGGUUUGGUUGGCGAGCGUUUCUGCAGACUCAAUCGGGUCUGGUGCGAGAAUUUCGAGGAGGCAUUUGCGAAUUAUUACGACACUAUACACCGUUAUGAAACCAAUCGACUACGCAACAUCGCUCGAUUCUUCGGGCACCUUUUGUCAUCCGAUGCCAUAUCUUGGGCGCUGCUAUCAGUGGUUAGGAUGAACGAAGACGACACGACAUCCAGCAGCCGCAUUUUCGUCAAGAUCUUGAUGCAAGAGAUGAACGAAUCAAUGGGACUGGAAAAACUCGCUGAUCGGUUCAAAGAUCCAUCUUUGCAGGAACACUUCACGCAAUUGUUCCCAAUGGACAAUCCGAAGAACACUCGUUUCUCUAUUAACUAUUUCACUAGUAUUGGUCUUGGUGUGGUUACGGAAGCAAUGCGUGAGCAUUUGCAGAACGCACCUAAACUUAUCAUGGCGCAGCGCCAUAUGACAUUAGGCAGGAAUGGAUCUUACUAUUCAAGCUCGUCGUACGGCUCCGAUGACUAUACGUCUGACUCGGACCUCAGUCGUUACUCGCUCGGCAGUCGUCUCAGCAGGUACAGCGGCCGAAGCUAUGGAAGCCGGCGCUCUCUGAGCCGCUCACGAUAUGGGUACGGGCGUGGCUGGCGUCGUGGUCGAAGAUAUUACCGUAGCCGCAGCCCAUACAAUCACGGUAGAAGCUACUCCCGUUCUGGAAGUCGAUACGGAUCGUACAGUCGUUCCUAUUCCCCAGGAGGGCGACGAUACCACUCUCGGUCCCGCUCGCCUUCGGUGGUCGUCGCAGUGGAGGGGCCGAGGCGUUCUCGAUCGUGGUCUCGCUCCCACUCCCCCUAUCACAGGCGCAAUGCUUAUUCGCGAUCGCGAUCCCCUUCAGUCAUGGUGGCGCCAAUGUCUGUGCACGACCCAGUCUCGCCCCCGCUCAGUGCAGCAUAUCUCGACGAUCGACCGUAUGACCCGUACAGGACCGACCCAUAUCGAAGGGACUACGUGAGAGGCUACAGUCCCGUCCGUGAGCCGCUUCCCUACAGGACCUAUUGAGUCCGCGGAGGAAGAGGGGCUGUGCGGAAAAAUGAAGGGAUUGGCGAAAGUGGAGAUAUUGUGUUCUGCAGUUUUCUAGUUCUCGUUGUGUUUCGGAUCUUUCCAUAUCCAUGUUUUACAUAGUGGCGUUGCACCUUGAUCUCAUUGUACAUUUGUGAGCGUUGAACGCUUCGAUCGUCAUUCAAUUCGCGCACGCAUUGCGCACAUGUUGCCCCGGUUCGGUUGACAUAUGUUUGGCACUGUGGCAGUCCACCUCAUUUCCGAAAACACUCAUUGUAGGCGCUGUCAAUUACUGCGGUGUUGCAAGCAUUCUUCCCUCUGCCGCAGCAGCCCUUUACGACCAUCGAGGGGACCUCGAAAUCUCAUUCUUCUAGCUUGAAAGUUUACACUACCGUGCUCGUUUGACGAAGUCACCAUGCCUGCCUUAGCGGAUGUUGCUGUUGCUGCUGCGAACGAAGUUCACGAACAUGUUGUACGCGAAACCGCAA